AUGCUCCUCGGUGCCUGUGAAGCCGGUGUCUCCCCUGGCUUUGCCUACCUCUUCUCCACCAUCUAUCCCCGCGCCGCCGCUGGCAAGCGCAUCAUGAUGACUAACCUCGCUAAUUGCACGGCGGGUGCAUUCGGUGGCCUAUUUGCGUACGCGGUGCAAACAAUGGGGACGAGAAGAGGCUUGGAAGCCUGGAGAUGGUUGUUCAUUGUCGAGUUCUGUGUCACGAUUGUUGUGGGUGGCAUUGGCUGGUCUAUUCUCCCGACAUCACCCGAGACGGCUUGGUUCUUGAGUAAAGAAGAGCAGGAAACUAUGCUACUGAGAAAGCAGCGCGACGAGAUUUAUCGCGGUCAAGACAAAUUCGAGAAGAAGUGGAUCAAAGAGUCGCUGAAGGAUCCAUUCAUUUACCUCGUAGCUCUGGCCUUCUUCACCUCAUCUGUGGCUAUCACCGGGUUCGGUGUCUUUUUGCCCACCAUCAUUGCUGGUUUAGGGUAG